UUUGGUGAGCUGCUGUUUCGCCCUUCACGAGCUCUUACGUGGUUAAUUGUGUAACUAGCAUGUGUUAUGAGUAGUACACUUAGGAAGAAAGCGAAUUUCAAUGGAUGUAACUGUACACGAAUAAAUUUUUGAACAGAAACAGAUCGUUCUGAAGCUACAUUAAUAUGCCUAUAGACAAUAAUGAGGACUCAGACUGCCCUGCAUUGUCCAGUCCAGUGAGUGCUCUAACACCAGGAGGGAAAGAGGACAAUGGGUCCAGCAGGGUAUCGAGUGGCCUCUCCAUCCCGGAGAGCAGUCAGGAAGAGCCAGCUGCUGCAGCCUGCCCUAGUAAUGCUGGACCAGAAAACUCCAGGAAAUCACAGCUCCUGCUCCAGAUCAACCGUCAGGAGAUCCAGGCGGUGGCUCAGAAUGAUCAAGCAGCCGAGCUCCAGGGUUUGGGAGUGGACGUGUAUGAUCAGGAUGUUUUGGAGCAAGGAGUACUUCAGCAGGUGGACCGAGCCUUCCAGGAGGCCAAACAGGCCACAGCGAGGGCUGAUGCGGAGAAAGAAUAUGAAUCGGUUCUGGAUGAUGUCAGGUCAUGCACAAGUGCUCUAAAACACAUCAACAAGAUAUUAGAGCAGCUUACUCCUUAUGCCGCCUCCAGCAAGGACAUCAGCCGGAAAAUCGACUCUGUCAAAAGGCAAAAAGAAAACAAGGAGAAGCAGUUAAAAAAGAUCCGAGCCAAGCAGAGACGUUUACAGGCCUUUCUGAGUGGAGAGGAUAUUCAGAAGAUCGAGGCAGAGUUAUUGACUGAAGAUGACACAGAGGCAGGCCCAUCCACUCAGGGCAGCAUGCUCAUGCCUGCUCAGGAGACGGAGUGGGAAGAGCUCAUCCGCACAGGUCAGAUGACCCCUUUUGGCACACGCAUCCCUCAAAAGCAAGAGAAGAAGGAACCACGCAAGUUGAUGCUUAGCGAAAACUCUGGCUUUGACCAGUACCUCGCCGACCAAGCUAAAAUGGCAGAGAGCAGAAAGAAACCUACCCCAAAGAAGAAGGGGAAGGUGUCCAGGAGUUCUGCAGAAGUCCAAAAAAACAAGCCGUCUUCCAAGCAGGAAAAGAAACUGCAGAAACGGAUGCAGAAACUCCAAAGGACUGCCCUAAAGGCUCACCCCAAAGCAAGGCCCAAAACUGAGAAAGAAUUUCCCCAGACCAGACGGAAGAGCUACAGGGACGAUGGCUCGGACAGCGAGGGCUCUGAGUAUGUGCCUAGUGAUGAGCUUAUGGAUCCUGAGGAACCAGAGCGAGAUGAUGAGUUCUGGCAGGAUGAAAAGGAAGAGUAUGAACUUAAACCUUAUAAGAAGAAGAAGGAAACUAAAACGAAGAAGUCAAAAAAAGAGGAUGAGAGCGAUGAAUACCUUCCCAGCUGUUCUGAGGACGAGGACACUGAUAAAAAAGUCAAGGUGAAGAAAUAUAAAGAUGACGGGGAUAUUGAAUACUACAGGAAAAGAAUUAGGAAUUGGAAGAGGCAGAGACUCCAAGAGAAAGAGCAGAAGAGGCAAGCAGAAGAGGACGAGUCUGAAGAGAGUGAUGCAGAGUUUGAUGAAGGUUUUAAGAUGCCAGGAUUUCUCUGGAAGAAACUCUUCAAGUAUCAGCAGACAGGUGUCAGGUGGAUGUGGGAACUGCACUGCCAGCAAGCAGGAGGCAUUCUGGGAGAUGAGAUGGGCCUUGGCAAGACCAUCCAAGUAAUAGCUUUCCUGGCAGGCCUGAGCUACAGCAAGUUAAAGACACGCGGCUCCAAUUACAGGUAUGCUGGAUUGGGACCCACAGUCAUUGUAUGCCCAGCCACAGUCAUGCACCAGUGGGUGAAGGAGUUCCAUACCUGGUGGCCUCCAUUCCGUGUGGCGGUUCUCCAUGAAACGGGUUCUUUUAAUAAUAAGAAGGAGAAGCUCAUCCCCGAGAUAGUCGCUAGUCACGGGAUCCUCAUUACGUCUUACUCAUAUGUACGCAUUAUGCAGGAUUACAUUCAGAAAUACGACUGGCAUUACAUCAUUUUGGAUGAGGGCCAUAAAAUUAGGAACCCAAAUGCAGGUGUCACUGUUGCAUGCAAGCAGUUCCGGACCCCUCAUCGGUUCAUCCUCUCUGGUUCUCCCAUGCAGAAUAACCUGAAGGAGCUUUGGUCCCUUUUUGACUUUGUGUUUCCAGGGAAACUAGGCACGCUCCCUGUAUUCAUGGAGCAGUUCUCAGUGCCUAUUACCAUGGGGGGAUAUUCUAAUGCCUCUCCAGUGCAGGUGCAGACAGCCUAUAAAUGUGCCUGUGUCUUACGCGACACCAUCAAUCCGUACCUGCUGAGGAGGAUGAAGGCUGAUGUAAAGGCCAAUCUCUCAUUACCCGACAAAAAUGAGCAGGUACUGUUCUGUAGAUUAACCGAAGAACAGCGGCAAGUCUAUCAGAACUUUUUGGAUUCCAAGGAAGUGUAUCAGAUUCUGAAUGGAGAUAUGCAAAUUUUCUCUGGCUUGAUAGCCUUGAGGAAGAUUUGUAACCACCCAGACCUGUUCACUGGUGGACCGCGCAUGCUGAGAGGAAUACCUGCAGAGCAACUGACUGAAGAGGAGCACUUUGGCUACUGGAAGCGCUCGGGCAAGCUAAUAGUAGUGGAGUCUCUGCUCAGGCUGUGGUUCAAACAGGGACACAGAGUCUUGCUCUUCACUCAGUCCAGACAGAUGCUGGAGAUCCUGGAGGUGUUUGUCAGGGAAAAUGGAUACACCUACCUCAAAAUGGAUGGCACCACCACCAUCGCGUCUAGGCAGCCGCUCAUAACGCAGUACAAUGAGAACAAGGAUAUAUUUAUUUUCCUUUUGACGACCAAAGUUGGAGGAUUAGGCAUCAACCUGACUGGUGCAAACAGAGUAAUUAUCUAUGAUCCAGACUGGAACCCCAGCACAGACACUCAGGCCCGUGAACGUGCUUGGAGAAUAGGGCAGAAACAGCAGGUGACUGUUUACAGGCUGCUCACUGCUGGGACCAUUGAAGAGAAGAUUUACCACAGGCAAAUCUUCAAGCAGUUUCUCACAAAUCGAGUACUCAAGGAUCCAAAACAGCGCCGUUUUUUCAAGUCUAAUGACAUUUACGAGCUCUUCACACUUAGCAAUCCUGACGGCUCCCAGGGAACUGAGACCAGUGCAAUUUUUGCAGGCACUGGCUCAGAUGUACAGAUUCCAAAGAGACGCAAGGCACCUCAUCCUUCACCAUCAAACCUGCAACAAAUGUCAUCAAAGCCAGAGAAAUCCCAGCCGUCUUCACUGUGUAAAGAAAAUGCUUCGUCUGAGCCUUUUAACAGAAGCACACCAACUCUCAAUGGCCUAUCCAGCAAUAAUGCCAACAAGGAAAGUGACUCUUUAGAUGUUACAUCCACAUCAAACUCCAACACUCCUCAGAAACACAGGGACAAGAAAAAGCACUGUGAUGUGACAGAGGCAACGAGUCAGCCCACAGAUGAACAUAAACAUAAGCAUAAAAAGCGUAAACACAAAGAAGAUGCCCGGUUUGAGGGUCAUCGAAUCUCUCACCUGGUGAAAAAGAGGAGAUACAAAAAAGAAGACAGCGAGGAUCAGAAAGAGACAAAAGAUGAGCAGAAGAACGAUGACUAUGUUCUCGCCAAACUCUUCAAGAAGUCUGGGAUCCACAGUGUUAUGAAGCAUGACACAAUCAUGGAGGCAUCAAACCCAGACUAUGUCCUGGUGGAAGCUGAGGCCAACCGGGUUGCUAAAGAUGCACUUAAAGCUCUGAAAGUGUCCAGACAGCACUGCAGGCUGCCAUUCAGAGGAUCUGCACCAGCAACACCAGCCCCUGUCAGGAAAAGAUUUGGACAGAAGAAGAACUCUCUUCUCAACAAGUCCUUGAAUACAACACAAAAAACAGGAGAGAAAUGCAAGGAUGCAGAGGUGAUAAAGAAAGUAGGCAUCAAGAAAGCAGUAUCUUCUGCCCACUUCAGUGGUGAGGGAGUGGAUGAAGAAGCGCUUUCUAGCUCCCUCUCCUCCUCCUCACUCUUAGCCAGAAUGAAGGCCAGGAAUCAUGUAAGCUUACCUCAGAGCCAAGAUGAAGAAGAAGAUGAUAAUGAGCAAAGAGCACAGUCUUCCACUCCACAUGCUUCCCCUACUGAGCACGAUGAGCUACUGGUGGAUUUGAGGAACUUUGUGGCUUUCCAGGCUCAGGUUGAUGGCCAAGCCAGCACUCAGGAGAUCUUGGAGUAUUUCACGCCGAGAUUGACCUCCACACAGACUCCAGUGUUCAGAGAAUUGCUUAGGAAUAUCUGUGACUUCCAUAGGCUUCCAGGAAAAGAGGGGAUGUGGAAACUCAAAGCUGAGUUCAGAUGAAAUGAAGAGAAUAUGUACUGUAUACUGUUUAUAGAUUUUAUAAAUUUCCGAAUCCUUACCAUAUGUGGUACGAGUCUGCACUGGAAUAAAUUAAGUCAUUUUUCAUGGUUAAUGUAUAUUAUUGUGGUCAUGUAGCAUGUUGUUCAAUAACAUGCAAUUGAUAUAAAAUACCUUGUUAUAAAUUUCAUUUAAAUCAUUUUGUACUUUAUUUUUGCAAUAUACUUGACAGGAUUUUGUUUAUUUUUUCUGCACUUUUUUCGUUUGUUAAACCUGAGAUUUACUUGAUAAUGUGCUCUGUAUAACUGACAAUGAACACUUGUCAUUCAGGGAGUUAAACAUGGGCUACAAAUGUGACUGUAUUAAACUUUCUGUUUUGUUUUUGUCAACUGUAAAAACUUUAUUGGGUAAUGUCAAUCUUUUUUUUGGGCACAGUGUUGUUUCUGUUUUGUGUAGAUAUAUACAAAUUAGUUUGAACCCAUUUUAGUGCUGCAUUUCAAUGUAUUUAUAUAGAACAGAAUUCUGUGAUUGUAGUUAGAUGGUUUCAACAGUAAGGUAUAAUGUUAAACUAUAUUAAUACCAGCCAAAUGGGUCCAAAUAUUUUGUUGUGUCUGAAUUAUUUGAUUAUUUUUUCCAUAAUUCAGUGUUGGGGAAAGAUCCUCCAUAUACAUAUUUCUCAUAUUAUGCACAUACAGCCAUGGAAUAAAAAGGUUAUUAUGGUGUAGCUGAGAUUAUUUUUAAUUGCCUCCUUACUGUUGCUCAGGUUAAUUCAUUGGUUUAAUUGCUGAAGUGGCAUUUUGUUAUACAGGCAAUUUCUGUAUUUUUCCUCCUCCUAGAGAGAUGGAACAUAUACCUGCUUUUCAGUGAUAUCUACUUUGGUAACUAAAUAUAAAAUUACACAUAAUUAGCCUAGAUUGCUUUUGGAUUUAUGUUCUCUUUUAAACUGCAUGAGUCAAUAAGAGCACAGUGUGGCUUCAGGUCCCGCUGACCGUGGUGCUGAAAUUCCACUCACACUUCACUCUGCGCAUGUGCCUUCCACCACGCUCCUAAAUGUUCUAAAUGCUAAUUGAUAUAAAUGCAUUAUUUCUUUUAUUUGUUAUUGGGUGUAAUGAAAACUUCAUCUCAUUUUUUUGUGGGAAAAAUAAAACUUUUAAAAGAC